UUCCCUCUCUCUCCCUCUCUUGCUCCCUCUCCCCCUUCUCUCUCCCUCUCUCUCUCUUUCUCUCUCUUUCUCUCUCUCUCUCCCUCUCCCUCUCUCUCUCUCUCUUUCUCUCCCUCCUCACAUUUGCCAGUACCAGAGCUCUCCGACUGGCAACCAACGAGAGCAUUGUGUCCUCUUGGUGAAGAGAUAGACAGGACAGUGAAAGAGAGAGAGAGAGAGAAAGUGACAGAGGUGAGAGUGACAUAUGGACAGAGGGGUUGAAAGAGACCCGCACCAUCCAUCUCCACAGUUUCAGAGCGUCUUCGUUCAAAGGAGCAACUUCACAGCAAAAAACAAACAUGUAGUCGUCUGAGUUAUUUUGAGUGGUGUCAGACAGUUUGGCUCCAAUUCUGAUAUCAGAGAUUGACAGACAGACAGUGACAGGCUGGAGUGGAGUGUGAGCGACCUGAAGGAGGAGGAGGAGGAGAAGAAGGGGGAGGAGGACGUUAAACACUGAGGAGAUACAACAUGUGCGUUCACAGAUCACUUGAACUCUGAAGGAUUCUGCAUGACAAACAGAGGAGCUGCACUAGACAUCAUAAUGUAUCUGCUCUUUGAUAUCAAUCCAAUCUUCACUGAACUGGGACGUUUUGAAUGCUCAAAAGGAUUUUGACUCACAUCCUCAAAAUACACACAGACAGACAUAUAGACAGACAGACUCAUUAAGAGCAGCCACUGGAGACCCAUUCACAAACAUAGAAUCUGCUGCUCAGGAUGUACUGUAAGAAAAAUACAGACAUCCAGUUCACAUCAGACCGCAAAAACCACCUCGGCUCCACGCUGCACCCAGAGACAAUACCACAGGAGUAGCCCUUCAUUCAACACAGAAAUGAACACAUUUUGUUGUUUUGGCACGUUCUCUGAUGUUCUAGUGAGGGAAUGAAUACAGGAUCACAUUAACUCACACUCUAGAUACAGUCAGACAACAGCCGGGAGAGGUGGGAAUGACAGGUAAUAAGGCUGGAUCAGAGGGUAGCUGUACCUCCAUCCGAGGCACAUAUAAUUUGGGCUGAGGGAUUGAAAUUCACAUGGUGACCUUGGCGACAAUAAGAGCACCUGAUGGACCUCAGAUUGGGAGGAAAAUCUCAUUUUUAGUGAGGUAGAGCAGAAAAAUAUUUUAAAAUCUACAGGAAAGUGGAACAAAGGAAAAGGAAAUAAAGGGUUAUCAUUUAUGGAAAAGACACGUUGCCUUGGCUAGGAGAGGUUUAAAGGGCUCUUCAGGACCAGCUGCAGGUGGUACACAUGAACAUGUUAACUAUUCUCAUACACAUAUAAAGAGGGACACGAAGCAACGACACACACUGGCAGCACACACUCUGGGCAGCUGAGAGGAACAAGAGCUCGGGAUUCCCCCAGAGACUUUACCACCAUGAUGGAAAAGCUGAACCCCACUGGCCCACCUGCCUCACCCCCCGACCUACCUCGUCCCUCCUCCUCCUCCUCCUCCUCCUCUUCUGGCUUCUCCCCAACCUGCACGUCCACAGAGCAGCGCAGUCCCCCCGAGAACCAGACUUCAGCAUCCUUGGAUGCUGUCAGCAGCCCACAUCCUGCUAACAAGACAGGGCACAAGGGACACACAGACGUCCCCGCCGCUGACUCAGUUCAGACCUCAAUCACCACAACGACAGCAUUAACCAAUCACAACGCAGAUAAAGCUGCUGCACCUGAGCCCAUCGUCAUGGAGACUGAGCAAGAGCCGGAGGAGAAGCAAGGAGGACCAGCGACCACCACCACCUCCACAGCCUCUGCUGCUUCUGCCAACAGGUCCCCAACUCUUUCCUCCCCACCUCCACUCCUCCCGGCACCAGCCAAGACCUCCCCGUGUCCUGUGCCACCUCCAACCUCCACAUCAUCUUUCCCAGCGUCCUCGUCAUCCUCUCCUCUUCCGCCCCACAUUCCUGUCAUCAGUCUCGGUCACAGCAAGCCCCCUCUGCCGCUCCCCAGCACCCCUUUGACUGCCCUCCAUCCAAUUCCCAGCCUCUUGCACGGGCCUCACGGGGACAUUCGCCGCAGCCAGCAGAGCUGUUUGCCCGUGGCAAGCCCUGGAGGGCCCAGAACAUCUGGAGGUCCCGGAGGCCCUUCAGCUCCCUCCCCAGGACCCCUCUUGCCUCAGCAGUACCUGCCUGCACACCCCUUCUUCACCAGUUCUUACCUGGGUCCCUCAGGAGGAAACUACAGCGUCAUCAACAACAGCCGAAUCAAGAGAAGACCCUCCUCACACUUUGAAAUGGAGAUCAAUGAAUGCCCUCCUCAGAAACUUGCUCGCCGUGUCUUCACCAACAGCCGUGAGCGCUGGCGACAGCAGAACGUGAACGGGGCUUUCUCUGAGCUCAGAAAACUCAUUCCCACGCACCCGCCUGACAAGAAGCUCAGCAAGAAUGAAAUCCUUCGCCUGGCUGUGAAGUACAUCAACUUCUUGGUCACUCUGCUCAAUGACCAGGCCCAGGACAAGAGCAGGGACUCAGCAGAGGAUGAGGCUGAGGAUGAGGGUACCACUGCAGGGUCGGACAGUAACAAACUGAACCCUCUAUUUCAGUCCCACGCUGCCCCGCCAUCUUCAGCCGCCAUGGCGACAGCCCACAGAGACAGAGACUCAACUGACUCAGUCAUUGCCCUGGCUAAUUCCCCAGCAACAUCCAGUUGCUAUGGUGACACGGACAGUGAGGAAAGCUUUGGGACUAAGACAUCUUUGGUGACUCAAGGCAUUCUGGGAAAGGUCAAGAGUCAGAUAAGGGUGGUGGCAGCCACAAAUGAUGAGCGGUGACACAGAAGAGAAGCAAACAAAGAGCUGCGCAGCUACUGGGAGUUUAAAUGUCACACUGACGGACAAGAUGGGAUACACAAUCGGCUAAAAAGUGUUUGAGGAGCAAGUGUGGUUCUCUCUUCAGUCACACACUGCUUGAAGAUCAACUUGCAAGUAGUGUGAAUAAGUAGGAGAUGGAUUCUUGGUGAUGAUGUUUAGUCGUUUAAACAGUCUUAAUGUCUUUUUGAGUGAUGUGCAAACAUUGGGUGUGAAGCUCUGUGUCUUUAAGUAAAACACUGAAAUAUGCUAUGGGGCUGGCUGAGAGGCACAGAACUCAUGUUUUUUUUUUUUUUUGUUUGUUUUUUACCAAAAUAAGGCCACAGUGUUCCUUUGUUAAACAUUACACCUCAAUUUCAAACAAUUUAAAUGAAUUAUGCAAAACAGGGUCAUGGUAAUGUAAUUGUAAUUGUCUCAGGCUAGUGUGUGUAAAAAAAAAAGUAAAAUCUCGGGUUAAAAAGGGGGAUAAAAAUCCUUUUUUUUUGUUCUAAUCUAAAUUCAGCCUCAGAAGUUUACAUGUAAAUAAUCAGCAUUUCUCCAGUACAGUUACAGUAACUGUGUCUGUAGAGAAAUACAUGACGUGCAUUCAUGAAUCGAAGUUGCAGUUUUCAAUGUUCCUCCUGUUCUUAUUGUCAGAGAAGUAGGUCUGACUGGUCCCACCCUGACAUUGUGACACACUUGUACCAGACAGAAAUAAAGUGUGUUUUAGUUUGCUGUUCCUUA